AUGCUCCAUUCAACACUGGCCUUGUCCCUCCUCCUAAUUGCAGUCUCUUCCAACCUUGCAAUGGCAAUCAAAAAGGAAAAACGAGCACCUCAGACACUGUCAAGAGGGUGGGGAGAUGAAAUUACCUGGGUACAAACUUAUGAAGAAGGGCUUUAUCAAGCAAAAAAAAGUAACAAGCCCCUGAUGGUCAUUCAUCAUUUGGAAGACUGUCAAUACUGCCAAGCACUGAAGAAAGUGUUUGCAGAAAAUGAAGAAAUACAGGAAAUGGCCCAAAAUAACUUCGUUAUGCUGAAUCUCAUGCAUGAAACCACAGAUAAAAACCUGUCACCUGAUGGACAAUAUGUGCCUCGAAUCAUGUUUAUAGACCCAUCUCUCACAGUAAGAGCUGAUAUCACAGGAAGAUACUCCAACCGGCUUUACACCUACGAACCACAAGACAUACCAUUCUUAAUAGAGAACAUGAAGAAAGCUCUACGCCUCAUUCAGACAGAACUGUAACCAGGAACAAUGAAAUGACCAUAACCUCUACGAGGUGAAGCUGCACC